CUCAGGACUUGUUUAAAUAACAGGUUACUGGUGAGUGCAGUAAUUAAUUCCCUUUUCUUUCUUAUCAGCUGGCUUUCACGGAAAAAAUGAAGGAGCUUAAUGUGAAGCAGACAAAAACAGAAGAAGCUGUAAAACGGCUUCGCGAAUUGAAUUCCCAUGUGUUAGCAGCAUACUCUGGAUAUCUAGAAAAAGCUAUGCAGCAUUAUAAGGGGAUUAAAGCACUUAUUGAAGAUGAUGAGCAGCAGACCCUGCAGUUCAUUGAGGCUGAACGACAGGCUGCCACACUGUACAUUGAAGCACAGACUAAAGACUGGGUGGAAGAGCUUGAUGACUUAAACAGAACUACGGAGCAGAUAAAUACCAUUUUAAAUCAGAGCGACUCAUUCAGAUUUCUAAAGGGAGCAAACUGUAAUGAAUAUCGCAUUAACUCCUUGCUAAACAAGCAGAAUCUGGUUAUCCAUGAUACAGUGGUUGACGAUGCCAAGCUUUCUUCUUUGAUUAAGUCAAUCAGUAAGCUCUUCAACAGUUUGUCCAAGACUGAUACCUCGGUCAGGAAAGCUCUGUUGGCAUAUGCGACGACUAUUACUUUUGAUCCUGUAACUGCAAAUGAAAACCUUAUCCUUUCAGAAGACCGAACAAUCGUACGCUACACUGAUGCAAUUAUAAAGGCUCCAUACAGCCCCAAACGAUUUGAUGACACUUUAUAUGUGCUUAGUUCUCAAGGGUUUACAUUUGGCAAUCAUUACUGGGAGGUAAUGGUGAAGAGCAAGUCUGACUGGGAGAUCGGGGUUGCUUAUUCAUCCAUACCUAGGAAAGGUAAAUGUUGGUUGGGCAGGAACAAUGUGUCAUGGUCUCUAGAGUGCAGCUGUGAGCAGUAUACUGCAUGGCACAAUAACAUAUCCCAAAAAGUUACUGCCAGGGGAAAACUUGAACGAGUUGGUGUUUAUUUGAAUUACACUGCAGGAGUGCUAGCAUUUUAUGAUGCUCAGAAAAUGGCACUUUUGGUUACCUUUUAUCACAAGUUUACUGAAGCCCUUUACCCUAUUGUAAACCCCUGUAACAGUAAAGGAGGAAAUUUUGCACCUUUAAGCAUUUUGCAACUGAAAGGAAUUUAGCCUUUGACUGCUGUUCCAAAAUUUAAUUCAUUUAAUUUCUGUGACAUGAACCAAAAGGAAAAUUAUUUUGAGUGGGGAUAAUUUUAACCUUACUUGCCCAGGAGGAAACCUAUAGGACUGGGGGGAAGUCGAUUUUACACCCUGCCUGAUAUUACUCACUAUCAAGGUUAAAAUUGAACAGGAUGUUAAAGCAGAAUUGUGCCCAACCACUUCAAUAUCCUGUCAUGCCGAGAAGGCAUGAAGAAACAAAGAAUCUGAAAGAUUUUUUUUUCUCUUCCAUAUUCUCUUGUUUAAUUAUUUCAUUUAAAUGGACAAUUGCUGGGCUGAUAAAAUGGCCACAGCUAAUCACAUGCUGGCAGUUCUGGACAAUUCUGAGCAGUUCCAAUGGACAAAGGUGAACUCAUCAACUUCCUAGAAUGUGACUUGUGUUGUAUUGUAUUGAACAUUCCAGCAAAGUCAACACAAGGAACUAGUAGAUGAGACUUCUGCACCAGCCAGCCCUGGAUAAAGGCAGAGCUAUUUGUGACUCCUCGUCUCCAACAUUGUGCUAAUAGUUCAAAAUGCAAUGGAUUGUAACAAGGGGGCCUCGUUAGCUAAAUGGCUCAACCCUGUCACAUGACUGAGACUUGAACUGUUUGAGUUGUUUUAAUUAUACAGCUUCUAUCUUCAGUUGCUGCUUAACCUCAGAAGAGAUAACAGGCCUCCAGGCUGUAGCAGCCUGCCUGUGGCCUCCGACUCUCUCAAAGCCUGGUCUCCAGAAAGAAUCCUGCAUUUUGCUUACAAAGUGAACUAAUUCCCAGAAUGCAAGAACGCUUUUGCUGCAUCUUCACCUGCCUCAGACUUCAACUGAGCUCACGGGAAAAGACCAGGAUUGCUGCCAGACAAACCAACUGAAAGAACCUUCCUUUGACAGUGACUUACUGGACUCUGGUCUUUAUACUGUACCUUUUUCUCUCCCUUAUCCCUCUUUCAUUGUGUGAAUAUA